AUGCAUCUCAGUGCGCGGCCGUGGCCGGCCGUGGCGCUGGCGGCGGUUCUUGGCCUCGUGGCCCAGCCGUCGGCGGCGCUGCGACUGGGAGCGAGCCCGACGUAUGCCAACAUCGAUAUAUGCCCAGACGCAUGUAGCAAGGUUGGGCCCGAUAUGAACAAGUGGGCGGUCUAUCCCGACAUGCGGCGGAUGAAGAAGUGCGGCAGGACCAUGUUCUACCGCCUCUCUCUGAACGACCCCGUCGACGACAACAUCAAGGGAAGCCACCGCAUCUCGGCAUGCUCGUCGCAUGGGCCCGACUUUGAGACCAUGGCAGCCAAUGUGACCGCUCUCUCACUGCCGCCCAACACGACAACCACCGAGGUCAGCUUCGAGAUCGGGGUGGCGGCCGAGGCUGACACGGGCAUCAGCAGCAACCAGACAUUGCUGGUGCAGCAGAUCCGCCAGUACGUGGACGGCGGCCCUGGCAACUCUGCGGACCAGCCCUUUGUCAUGUUUGGGCAGUCCGGCAACGCGACGGUGGGCAUCUAUGUUGGUCUUGGUCUGCCGAACCACGACAUCAGCCAGGCGGCGCUCGGGGCUCUCGAGCAGGCGCUGAGCACCUCGGAAUCUGCACUGACGAUGCAGCUAUGCGGCGCCAACCGCACCAGCAGCGAGACCUUUGGCAUCAUGCUGGCCAACGAUGGCAAGUUUGGCGCCAUCCAGAAGGCCGUCAAGGCCUGGAGCAAGGCCGAGUGUGUGCCGCUGGACAAGCCGACCAAGGUCGCGGGCGAGGUGCACUUGACCACACAGCGGCCGCCGCCGCCGCCGAUCACAGGCGGCAACACAAACACGACACGGUCAGCCUUUUCGCGGAGAUGGCGAGCAGCCACAGGGGCCGCCCGCAACAUCCAGGCCCGAGAUGACUGCCGCACUGUCCAGGUGGUGUCGGGCGACAACUGCGGCACCCUCGCGGCCAAGUGCGGCGUCUCCGGGUCCGACUUUGAGAGCUACAACAAGGUCGACAACUUUUGCAGCUCGCUGAAGCCAAAGCAGCACGUGUGCUGCUCCAGCGGCUCCAUGCCGGAUUUCGCCCCCAAGCCCAACCCCGACGGUUCCUGCAAGGCGUACACAAUUGUCCAGGACGACAACUGCGAUAACCUGGCCGCCGAGUACAGCCUGACCAAGCCGGACCUGGAAGAGUUCAACAAGAAGACCUGGGGCUGGAACGGGUGCCAGCUGCUGUUCACGGGCACCAUCAUGUGCCUCAGCAAAGGCACUCCGCCGUUCCCGGCAGAGAUCCCGAAUGCCGUGUGCGGGCCGCAGAAGCCGGGGACCAAGGACCCAAAGGAUGGCAAGGAUGUUGCUGAGCUGAAUCCCUGCCCGCUCAAUGCGUGUUGCAACAUUUGGGGCCAAUGUGGCAUCACCAAGGACUUCUGCAUCGACACCAACACGGGCGCUCCCGGCACGGCAGAGCCCGAUACCUACGGCUGCAUCUCCAACUGCGGCCUUGACGUGGUCAAGGGAGACGGCGGCGGCAGUAUCCGCGUCGGCUACUUUGAGGGCUACUCGCUGGGGGGCCGCAAGUGCCUGCACCAGGAUGCCUCCCAGAUCGACACCAAUGCGUACACGCACCUGCACUUUGGCUUUGGCACCCUGACCCAGGACUUUGACGUCGAGACGGGCGACACCCUGUCGACAUAUGAGUUUGAGCAGUUCAAGAAAGUCAAGGGCCCCAAGCGCAUCUUGUCGUUUGGUGGCUGGGACUUCUCGACGAUGCCCGCCACCUACAUGAUCUUCCCCAACGCGGUCAAGCCCGCCAACCGCGUCUACUCGGCGUUCAAGAUUGCCAGCUUCAUCAAGAAACAUGACCUCGACGGCGUCGACAUCGACUGGGAGUACCCCGGCGCACCCGACAUCCCGGGCCUUCCUCCGGCCAGCCUGGACGACGGGCCCAACUACCUGGCGUUCCUCGUGCUGCUGAAGAACCUCCUGCCGGGCAAGAGCGUGUCGAUCGCGGCGCCGUCGUCGUACUGGUACCUCAAGCAGUACCCGAUCAAGGAGAUCGGGGCCGUGGUGGACUACAUCGUGUACAUGACGUACGACCUGCACGGCCAGUGGGAUACCGAGAACCACUACUCCCAGGAGGGCUGCGACUUUGGCAACUGCCUGCGCAGCCAGGUCAACCUGACCGAGACCAAGCAGUCGCUCGCCAUGAUCACCAAGGCCGGAGUGCCGGGCCGCAAGGUCAUAGUGGGUGUGACCAGCUACGGCCGCACGUACAAGAUGGCGGAUGCCGGGUGUGCCGGGCCGGGCUGCACAUAUCUGGGAGACCCAAAGACCUCGCCGGCCAAGAAGGGCGUCUGCACGGACACGGCGGGCUACCUGGCCGAUGCCGAGAUCAACGAGAUUAUCGAUGACCGCCGCCGGGCCGGCCGCGUCGUGACGCAGUACAAGGACGCGAGCAGCAACAGCGACAUCCUCGUCUACGACGACGGCGAGUGGGUGUCGUGGAUGAACCCGUCGACCAAGUCGGCGCGGGCGGCGCUGUAUGCGGGCUGGGGCCUCGGGGGCACGACCGACUGGGCGGUGUCGCAGCAGAAAUACUACGACCCCCCCGGGGGCUCCGCGAACUGGGCUGUGUUCAAGCAGGCGGCGCUCAACGGAGACGACCCCGUCGAGCUGGACCCGACGCGGAAUGGCGACUGGACCAACAAGACCUGCACCGACCGCUGGGUCGAAAACGAGGAUCACGUCGAAAACGAGGUCACGGAGAUGUGGAACGGCCUUGCGGGGGACUCGGCCUGGGCCGACGUCAAGCGUAUUUGGCUCGCCGAGCGCGGCAAGGGCGGCACCUUCCUGUCCUCGGUCCACGGCACGCUCAAGAUCGAAGCCGACUCGGCCGAGUGCGACAAGAUCGACGGCAGCGACUGCGGCACGGGAGGUUGCGCAGCCGGCAUGAACGGCCCCCUUUCGGGCCCGGCCGGCAUGAUGAUCUGGAAGUCCCUCAUCAUGAUCCGGCUCGGGUAUUCCAACCUGCACGCCGCGUUGUUCCAGGCCGCGUCGACCUACAGCCUGGGCAUGAAGAAGAUGCUGGACACGUUCGCGCCCAUCCCGCCCAAGGACAACAGCGACUUCCUGCUGCUCGUCGACCUGCUCACCCUCGGCACCCUAGCCGUCGGCGGGCCCAUCUUCAACGGCUUCAUCAAGCAGCUUCCCAAGUUUGUAAAUAACCCGAAAGCCUACGACAACCUCAAGGACACGACCAUGCUUCUUGCCGGCCAGCAGGCCGCAUUCGCCAAGGAUUUCACCCCAGAGGACAAGAAGCAGUUCAAGGUUGGCGAGUGGACCGCGACGGGGCAGACCGAGUUCUCGGCCUUUAUGGAGCAGAUCAUCAAGGGGUGGGCCGCGCUCGCCGAGGAGUCCUGGAAGAAAACCAUCAACGGCAGCGACGCCUCGGUCGCCAUGAUUGAGAAGGCCAUUGCAGGCGGCAGGCUGUACCCCAAGCUGAGCUCCCCCAAAAGCACGUCGUCCUCCGACGCCAUCAACGCCAUCGGCAAGGCCCUCUACGGCUUCUCCAUCCCCGAGCUCUGGCGGCGCUCCCAGACCUAUGCCUUCAUCCUCGACUCUGGUGCCUCCUGCGACCAGAAAGACCCCAUCCCCAGGUGGAUGAACUCCAAGAACCAGGAGGCCUCGGGGUUCUGCUACCUGAACCGCCUGUACUACCUCGCCGCGCCCAACGGCAGCGCAGAUUCGUGCGAAGACACCAGCGACGAGGACUGCCAGGGCGCCAAGUUCGGCUUGCCCAAAGGCCUCGACGCCCUCGGCAAGGACGGCAGCUUUGGCGGCCUGACCAAGGACGACAUCAUCAAGGGCUCUCUCCGGACGUUCUUCGCCAACAACUUCAAGAACGAGGGCCGCACGGGCCAGACCGACAUCUCGGCGUCCAUGAUCCAGGGCGAGCUCCUCCAGACCGACAUCACCAUCCCGGGCUUCAUCCGCCUGCCCGUGUGCUACCCGGACGUCGCCUUCGCGUCGUGGGACCUCGUCGACGAAAUCGGCCACCAGAGGGGCGCCACGCCCAACUGGCCCUGCGACGCGCUCGAGGGCAACAAGCUCUGCGGGACCGAGACGUACCGCGACGAGACCAAGAGCGACUCCCCCUCGGUGGAGGACUGCAUGCAGAUCGUCAAGACCAUCACGCCCGACACUGACACCCAGUGGACCAUGGAGGUCGUCGGCAAGAAGUGGCGCGAGAUCGGCAAGGGCGGCCACUGCCGCUUCAGCGUCAGGGCGAGCAAGAUCAACGGCAACAUCGUCUUCUACGUCGGGGGGCAGGACGUCAUCGACAUCAUAAAGGAGGCGGUCAAGCAGUAUGGCAAGUCUGGCAAGGUCGCUGCGGGUGGCAACUUCGAUUGUGGCGGCUCUGCUGUCAAGCAGUAUGCCGAGUGGAAGAUCUAUUACGCCAAGUAG